UUUUUUCCAGAACAAGUAACGCAAAUAUCAAGAGAAAAUUUAUUUUUUCCCCUAUGAAUGUUAGCUAGUCGUCUGCAGACGAACGUCAACAAAGGAGCGCCAUGACGAGGUCUCUUUGAUAACUUCAUUAGAGAAUGUGAGCACAGAAGCAAGCCUCCAAGGCAGAAUGUCUCAGUUCUUUGGCAAGUUAGCAAGAGGUCUGGGCUGGGGACCUCAACCAACCAAGGUUAAUAAUGUCAACUGGGGUGAUUAUGCAAAUCGAGCUUUCACAGUUGUUGAAGGCAUGUUCAUUAUUAUACCACUGGCUGAGGAUGACAUAAUUGAAGACCCAAAUCUAGCUUUUGAACUCAUAAUACAUAAGGAAAUCAACAGUUCUCGCAAUGCUUACAGUCUUCUUAGAACAUGCACAGAAGAAGAGGCAAAACAGGCAUAUGAAGCUUAUAGUAAGAUCUUAAGUCCACUUGUGGACUCAUGUGGGAAGGAAGUCCUUUGUCAGGGUGUGUUGCAGAAAGUACUGGAUUUCUUACGGGAGCAUCUAUCUUGGCAUGUUGGCCACAUCACAUCUCAUUUUGGAUUUUUAGAAGCUUUGAAAAAUGAGGAAGUACAAAGCUUCCUUAAUGUUCCUGAAGAUUUAGAAGGACUUUACCCCAUACACGUUGCGGUGGAAAAUGAAAAUGAAAAGGUUAUUACAGCCUUGAUAGCAGCAGGUGCGGAGCUAGAUGUUGUAGAUAAAAGUGGAAAUACUCCUUUACACAUUGCUGCUUCAAAAUCUAUUACAGUUAUACAGGCCCUGAAAAUGAAACAUAAUAAUGUGUUGAACAAAAAGAAUAAAGCACAAGAAACGCCUUUACUUCUGGCUGCCCAGUGCAGCAAAUUAGAUAACAUCAAACAUUUGAUCCAGCUUGGUGCCAAUAUAAAUCACAAGGAUGAAAUUGUGGAUCAAAGCAACCAGAGCUAUUGGGACAAGGUAGAAAAGCUGGUGCAAGCAAAGGAUAUUAGCUCAAAGGACUUGCACAAAGGUGGAAAUCUGCUUCAUUGGGUGAAAACCAGAGAAUUGACAGACCUUUGUCUUGAUAUAGGUUGUAACCCAGAUUUGCGAAACUCUGCAGACCAGACACCUUUACAUAUUAUGGUUGUGAGAAACAGGAUACAGUGCAUAGUAACUUUACUAUGUCGUGGAGCCGGAGCAAAUUAUGCUGAUGUGGAAGGCAUGACUCCACUGCAUUUGGCAGCUGCUCAUUGUUCACCUACUUUAGUUCAGGCCUUCAUUGUAUUUGGAGGUGAGAUUAAUGUGCCUAACAAGAAUGGGGAGACACCAAGGCAUUUGGCUGCUUCUUGUAAUGACAAGACCAAAGCUACAGAAAGGGACAGAGUUAUAUACUUGCUGCACACUGUGGGAGCCAAGAGGUGUCAAGUGAAGCUAGCAUCCUGUUCUGAUGGAUGCUUGGAUGAAGGAAAUUUCAAUGGAGUGCCAUUGUAUGAGAAGCCCUUAUUAAGAUCUCGUUGGAUUAUGGAUGAAACUCUUAGUGAUAAACAGAUUUCAGAUUCAAUACGAUGGCAGGUAACUAACUGCAAUGGUUCUCAGAGAACAGGACGAGUAUUAUGCCUAGAUGGUGGUGGCAUCAAAGGCUUGGUGAUGACUCAGAUGCUGUUUGUUAUACAGGAAGUUUUAGGUAAACCUAUUAGCGAGUGUUUUGAUUGGAUCUCUGGCACAAGUACUGGAGGAUUCCUAGCUCUUAUGCUUUGCACAGGGAAGUCAGUUCAAGAUGUGCAGUCUCUUUACUAUAACCUGAAGGAGAAAGUUUUUGUUGGUGGAAGACCUUAUGAAGCUGGACCCUUGGAAGACAUACUUAUAAAGGAAUUUGGAAAAGAGACUGUCAUGAGCAGCAUUAAGAGUCCUCGUGUAAUGGUGACAUCUACACUUGCCGACAGAUUACCUCCAGAUUUGCAUCUUUUCCGUAAUUAUGAGUCUCCCAUGAGUGUCUUAGGUGUACAAGAAAAUAGUGUGUUCAUGAGCACACAGCCUCCAGAGAAACAGAAGAUUUGGCUUGCUGCCCGCUGCUCAGGGGCUGCUCCAACAUAUUUCAGAUCUGGCAAGUGUUCGAAGAAAGAUGAUGCUGGUAAAAGAACUUUGAACUCGUCCACAAAAACGUGUGCAAAUGAGAAGUUUCUUGAUGGUGGUCUGGUAGGGAAUAACCCAGUGCUAGAUACACUCACCGAGAUUGAAGAAUGGAAUUUGGCAGUGAGAGCACAGGGAAGAGAAUCAGAAGUUUUCAACCCUACUGUGGUGGUGUCACUAGGUUGUGGCAAACCACCUGUUAUGCUAGUUGAUACGGUUGAUGUGACAAUACCAAGUAUACUUGAUGUAAGGAGAGGCUUUACAGCAAUGUACAAUCUGUUCAAUGUCAUGGUGGAGCAAGCUUGUAGCUCUGAGGGUCGAAUUGUAGACAGGGCAAGAAUGUGGUGCUCCAACCUCCAUGUUCCAUUCUUCAGGUUUAACCCACAGCUCUCCCAAGAAAUUGCUUUAGAUGAGCAUGAUGAUGAAUGUUUGGUACGCAUGAUGUGGGAAACCAGAGCAUACAUGAAGGCCCAAGCUAAAACUUUAAACCUUCUAAAACCUCUCUUGGUGGGUCCUGAAGAUAUACCUGUACCUCCUCCUCGUCAGGUUACACCCUCAACCUCUCCAUCAAAACUCAGGCCUAGGAUCUCAGUCUCCAGCAGCACUAGUCAAGAUAUUCCUGAUACCCCACAUUCACUGUUGUCUGAGGGUACCUCUCCAGAUGACGAGGGAAGCUAUCACUCCACAAACCUAGAGCCAAAUGUUACCUUUGCUGAAAAUUCAGGUGUUGAGGAGCAGCAUCAGCUUCGGAUAUAUUCCAAUAAUGUUCCUUCUAGUGAGGAGAGUUCUUCACCAGAUGAAGCAGUAAACAAUGUGGAAGAUUCUGAAUCAUCAGAAAAGAUAUCAAUUGCUUCUUUGCAUACAACAGAUUAAUGUAUUUCAGAGAUUACACUUACCAAAGAGUUCUUGGUACUAUUUAUGCUUCUUGUAGAACAUUUUUAGCUUUGCAGUGGAGUAAUUUUGUGUGUGUGGGGGGGGGGGGUGCGUGCGUGCGUGCGUGCGUGUGCGUGCGUGCGUGCGUGUGCGUGCAUUAUUACAGGUAUGGGUAUGCUUGUGUUAUGCAUGUGUGUGGGAGCGAGUAAGAGUGUGUGUGUGUGCAUGUGCCUGCCUGCCUUGACUGACUGACUG